CUGAGAAAAGUUUUUCUAAACUAACAAGACUUCAAGUCAAGGUAAUUAUUUCUUUGUUUGGACACACUGGUUAAUUAAACCCAUUAGACCAGUUCAUUAGUUUAACAGCCCUUUAUAAAGCCCCUUUCUAGUAACACUGCAAGAUUUCAAACCAAAGGCAGAUCUACAGAGCAGUUAGCUUUUACCGGAGUUCAAAUGAAUUUGUCAGUCACAUUCAGCAAUGGAACGGCUUCUUUCAAUGAAGGAUUUUAUCUGACUGCCUUCCAAACUUUGCCAACCAAAAACUACCUGAUUUUGGGCUUGGCGAUCAUCUACAUCAUCACCUUGCUGGGCAAUCUUGUUCUCCUCUCUGUUGUCCUCAUGAACUCCAGCUUACAGAACCCCAAGUAUCUUGCUGUGUGUAAUCUAGCCGUCGUCGACAUUUCAAUCAAUAGUGUUAUUAUUCCUCAAAUGGUGCCUGUUUUUGUGUUCAACCAGAACUAUAUCUCAUUUGGCGCCUGUUUUUCUCAAAUGUUCUUCAUGCAUUUUUUUGGUGACAUGGAGUCUUUCUCUCUUGCUCUUCUGGCAUAUGAUCGUCUGAUCGCCAUCUGCUGGCCUCUGCGUUACUCUACCAUAAACACCAACCUGAGGAUGCUGCUUAUCAUAGCAUUGAUCUGGAUUCUAGUUACUCUGCUGGAUAUUUUUCCAGUCAUUUUUGCCUCUAGGCUUCCUUACUGUAGCUCCAGAGCAGUACUGAGCUGUUGUUGUGAACAUGGCCCAGUUUACAGACUGGCUUGUACAGACACUACUUAUAACCGACAACUAGGAACUGUUAAGACAAUGAUCACCUUGCUGGGCCCUUUGUUUUUUAUUGUUUUCACAUAUGUGAUUGUAGUGAUUGCUGUGAUGCGGAUUGCCUCUGUAACCCAGCGCUGGAAGGCCUUUCACACCUGUCUUACUCAUAUGAUGCUGGUCAUGCUGUAUUACAUGCCAGUCAUUAUAGCGUAUGUGCUAGGGAACUUGCGAUUAGUUCAGAAUGUUGAUCUUUUAACAGCAAUACUGACUGUUUCUGUUACCGUUCCAGCAAUGUUGAACCCCAUCAUCUACAGCUUAAAGACUGAUGAACUUAAAGAAAGGAUGGUCAAACUUUUUAGACAAUCAAAAGUGGCUCAACAGAUCAUUAAAACUGAGGUCAAGGCUUUACAACAAUGACUGCUUUGUUCCAUCCAGACUAGAAGUUACUUUUGAUGUGUAAAGCUGUAAACUAUGUUUCAACAGUUAUGAAUUUUGUAAUAAUGUUGCAGGAAAAUAAAACAAAAAUGUUUGAACUUGUUGAAUCAAUUUUUCUUCAUCAAGGCA